GGCGGGGAGGGAGCGCGCCGCCAAGCCGCCGUCCGGCCCUGCUUGGCCUCCGCCCGCCGCCGCCGAGAGUCGCGCGCUGCGCUCCUCCGCGGGGCAGGGCUGGCACCGGAGCGGGCGCCGCGGGCCGCGGGCCGAGGACGCGGAGGAGGCGGAGGAGGCGGCGCUCGGGUCGCCCCCCGGGGGUCCUGGCCGCGGCGCGCGGCACGUGCGCCUCCCCGCCCUGCGCGCCAUGUCCCCCUAGCGCCGCGGCGGCGGAGCGACCACCCCCGGCCGGCCCCGCGGGCCCCCCGGGCAUGGGGCGGCACGUGCUCGGCCCGGUCCUCUACUGGCUGCUGCUGCCCUUCGCGCUCCUGGCCGCCUGCCUGUGCCGCUUCAACGCCCUGUCUCUGGUCUACCUGCUGUUUCUGCUGCUGUUGCCCUGGUUCCCGGGCCCCUCUCCGCACAGCGUCCCAGGUCACACUGGUCGCCUCCUCCGAGCCCUGCUGCUUUUCAGCCUCCUCUUCCUGGCAGCCCACCUGGCCUUCCAGAUAUGCCUGCACACCGUGCCCCGCCUGGACCAGCUCCUGGGGCCAAGCUGCAGCCCCUGGCAGAUCCUGUCCCAGCACGUAGGGGUGACGAGGCUGGACCUGAAGGACAUCCCCAAUGCCGUCCGGCUGGUGGCCCCUGACCUGGGUGUCCUGGUGGUCUCAGCCGUGUGCCUCGGCCUCUGUGGGCGCCUGGCACGGGAAGCCCGGCGGAGCCAGCCCGCCCAGGAGCAGGACGAUGAGGACAGGGAAGCGGACGCCGGCUCCCCGGCGGGGCCUCGCGGAGCCCCCGUGCCGGCCCCCAAGCAGAGGUCUCGGCUGGCCACCCGGUUCCAGGUCACGGCCCACUGGCUGCUGGUGGCCGCCGGACGGACGCUGGCCAUCCUGCUGCUGGCGCUGGCAGGCAUCGCCCAGCCCUCGGCCUUCUCCGGCGUCUACUUCCUGGUCUUCCUGGCCACCUGCACCUGGUGGGCCUGCCACUUUCCCAUCGGCCCCCUGGGCUCCAGCACGCUCUGCGUCAUGGUGGGCUGCUUCAGCGCCGGCCACCUCAUCUGCGUCUACUGCUACCAGACGCCCUUCGCCCAGGCCGUGCUGCCCCCUGCCGGCAUCUGGGCCAGGGUGUUCGGCCUCAAGGCCUUGGUGGCCUACAGCAACUGCUCCGGUCCCAACGUGCUGGUCCUCGAUACCAGCCAUGACUGGCCCGUGUACGUGAGCCCCGGCGUCCUGCUGCUCCUCUACUACACCGUGACCUCACUCCUCAAGCUGUGCACACACCAGCCCCUGGACCAGAGGAAGGAGGCGGCCGGGCGCGACGAGGAGCAGGAGGUGGAACUGACUCACGUGGAUCAGUGGCCCCAGGGCCGGGCCGGGGCUGCGGCCACCAAGGAGGAGGGCGCCGCCCAGCGCGUGCCGCCCACGACCACGGGACCAGACUGGGAGACCGACAGCUGCACCGUGCACGACCUGACCGGCCACAGCCCCGUCCGGCAGCGCCCCCCAAGAGGCGAAAUCGCCGGCCUCCACAGCUGGCUCCCCGGGGACUUGCCCUGCGCACAGAGCCGGAUGGGAGUCGGGGCCAUUUUGUCCGACCCGUCCUUUCACAGUCUUGGAAACCAAGAUGUGGAGUGGGUGCACCCCAGGCUGUCGGAGCCUAGAGACGUGUCUCCCCUGCACGGUCUGGGCCAUCUCAUCAUGGACCAGAGCUACGUGUGUGCCCUCAUCGCCAUGAUGGUGUGGAGUAUCACCUACCACAGCUGGCUGACCUUCGUGCUGCUGCUCUGGGCCUGCCUCAUCUGGACGGUGCGCAGUCGUCACCAGCUGGCCAUGCUCUGUUCCCCCUUCAUCCUGCUCUACGGGCUGGCGCUGUGCGGGCUCCGCUACGUGUGGGCCAUGGACCUGCGUCCCGAGCUGCCCACCACCCUGGGCCCCGUCAGCCUGCGUCAGCUGGGGCUGGAGCACACCCGCUACCCUUGCCUGGACCUUGGUGCCAUGCUGCUGUACAACCUGACCUUCUGGCUCCUGCUGCGCCAGUUCGUGAAGGAGAAGCUGCUAAGGAAGGCCAAGAGCGCUGCCGGCCUGCUGGGGGUCGCCGUGGCCGACCCAGAGCCCACGCGGACACGGACGCUGCUCCGGAGCCUGGGCGAGCUGGUCACGGGCCUGUACGCCAAGUACUGGAUCUACGUGUGCGCCGGCAUGUUCGUCGUGGUCAGCUUUGCCGGCCGCCUCGUCGUCUACAAGAUCGUGUACAUGCUCCUCUUCCUGCUGUGCCUCACGCUCUUCCAGGUCUACUACAGCCUGUGGAGGAAGCUGCUCAAGGCGUUCUGGUGGCUCGUGGUAGCCUACACCAUGCUGGUGCUCAGCGCCGUCUACACCUUCCAGUUCCAGGACUUCCCCACCUACUGGCGCAACCUGACCGGCCUCACGGACGAGCAGCUGGCGGACCUGGGUCUGGAGCAGUUCAGCGUGUCCGAGCUCUUCUCCAGCAUCCUGGUCCCCGGCUUCUUCCUGCUGGCCUGCAUUCUGCAGCUGCAUUAUUUCCACCAGCCCUUCAUGCGGCUCACCGACCUGGGGCGCGCGCCCCCGCCCGGCGCCCACCUCCCGCGCUGGGCUCGAAGGCAGGACGCGGUCAGCGGGACCCCGCUGCUGCAGGAGGAGGAGGAGGUGGCCAGGGAGGAGGGACUGAGCGAGGCCGGCCCCCAGCAGGCCGUGCAGGUCCCCGAAGCUGCCGCCAGCAAGUGGGGCCUGGUGGCCGAGCGGCUGCUGGACCUGGCUGACCGCUUCUCCGAGGUCCUCACCCGCGUGCAGGUGUUGGUGCGACGCCUGCUGGAGCUGCACGUCCUCAAGCUGGUGGCCCUGUACACUGUGUGGGUGGCCCUGAAGGAGGUGUCGGUGAUGAACCUGCUUCUGGUCGUGCUGUGGGCCUUCGCCCUGCCCUACCCCCGCUUCCGGCCCAUGGCCUCCUGCCUGUCCACCGUGUGGACCUGUAUCAUCAUCGUGUGCAAGAUGCUGUAUCAGCUGAAGGUCGUCAGCCCGCACGAAUACUCCAGCAACUGCACCGAGCCCCUCCUCAACAGCACCAACCUGCAGAAAACGGAGAUCAAGCAGUCCCUGCUGUACCGGGGACCCGUCGACCCUGCCAACUGGUUUGGGGUCCGGAAGGGCUUCCCGAACCUGGGCUACAUCCAGAACCACCUGCUGGUCCUGCUGCUGCUGGUGUUCGAGGCCAUUGUUUACCGGCGCCAGGAGCACCACCGUCGGCAGCACCAGCCGGCCCCGCUGCCUGCCCAGGCCGUCUGUGCCGACGGCACCCGCCAGCGGCUGGACCAAGAUCUUCUCAGCUGCUUCAAGUACUUCGUCAACUUCUUUUUCUACAAAUUCGGGCUGGAGAUCUGCUUCCUGAUGGCCGUGAACGUGAUUGGGCAGCGCAUGAAUUUCAUGGUCAUCCUGCACGGCUGCUGGCUGGUGGCCAUUCUUACCCGCCGGCACCGCGGAGCCAUCGCCCGCCUCUGGCCCAACUACUGUCUGUUCCUGGCGUUGUUCUUCCUGUACCAGUACCUGCUCUGCCUGGGCAUCCCCCCGGCCCUGUGCCUCGACUACCCGUGGCGGUGGAGCCAGGCCAUCCCCAUGAACUCCGCGCUCAUCAAGUGGCUGUACCUGCCCGACUUCUUCAGAACCCCCAACUCCACCAACCUCAUCAGUGACUUCCUCCUGCUGCUGUGCGCCUCCCAGCAGUGGCAGGUGUUCGCAGCCGAGCGCACGGAAGAGUGGCAGCACGUGGCCGGCACCAACACUGACCGCCUGGAGGUGCCGCAGGGCGAGCCCGACCCCGUGCCCAACUUCAUUUACUGCAGGUCCUACCUCGACAUGCUGAAGGUGGCCGUCUUCCGCUACCUCUUCUGGCUGGUGCUGGUGGUGGUGUUCGUCACGGGAGCCACCCGCAUCAGUAUCUUCGGGCUGGGCUACCUGCUGGCCUGCUUCUACCUGCUGCUCUUCGGCACCAGCCUGUUGCAGAAGCACACGCGUGCCCGCCUCCUGCUGUGGGACUGCCUCAUUCUGUACAACGUCACCGUCAUCAUCUCCAAGAACAUGCUUUCGCUCCUGUCCUGCGUGUUCGUGGAGCAAAUGCAGAGCAGCUUCUGCUGGGUCAUCCAGCUCUUCAGCCUCGUGUGCACCGUCAAAGGCUACUAUGACCCCAAGGAGAUGCUGAGCCGGGACCGGGACUGCCUGCUGCCCGUGGAGGAGGCCGGCGUGCUCUGGGACAGCGUGUGCUUCCUGUUCCUGCUGCUCCAGCGCCGCGUGUUCCUCAGCCGCUACUUCCUGCACGUCAGUGCGGAGCUCCAGGCCACCGCCUUGCAGGCCUCCAGGGGCUUCGCGCUGUACAACGCGGCCAACCUCAAGAGCAUCGAGCUCCAUCGCAAGGCGGAGGAGAAGUCCCUGGCCCAGCUGAAGAGACAGAUGGAGCGCAUCCGCGCCAAACAGGAGAAGCACAGGCAGAGCCGGGCCGGCCGCAGCCGCCCCCAGGAGCCCCAGGGCCCCCCCCAGGAGCCGGGGCCUGGCAGUCCACGGGGCUCGUCCCCGCCACGGAGGCAGUGGUGGCGGCCCUGGCUGGACCACGCCACAGUUAUCCACUCGGGGGACUACUUCCUGUUCGAGUCUGACAGUGAGGAGGAGGAGGAGACCCCACCUGAGGACCCCAGGCCUUCGGCACAGAGCGCUUUCCAGCUGGCGUACCAGGCAUGGGUGACCAACGCGCAGACGGUGCUGAGGAGGCAGCGGGAGGAGCAGGCGAGGCAGGAGCAGGCAGGGCAGCCGCCCGCGGGAGGCGGCCCGGGCGCAGAGGCGGAGCCGGCGGAGGGCCCAGACCAAGAGGCGGCUGGCCACAGCCACGUGAUGCAGCGGGUGCUGAGCGCCGUGCAGUUUCUGUGGGUGCUGGGACAGGCGCUGGUGGACGGGCUGACGGACUGGCUGCGCACCUUCACGCGGCACCACCGCGCCAUGAGUGACGUGUUGCGCGCCGAGCGCUACCUGUACACGCAGGCGCUGCUCAGGGGCCAAGAGGUACACCGGGGCCUGCUGGACCAGCUGUAUGCCAGGGGCGUGGAGGCCGCACCACCAGGCUCCUCGGGGGCCCGAGACGCACCUGGCGCGGCGGCAAGUGGGCCGGGGGCACAGGAGCCACUGAGCGCCGCCACGGAGGCCACCGGCGGCCACCUGAGCACGGGGUGCAACGCCCGCAGCAGCGGCGAGGACGCGACGGCCGAGCCUGGGGCUUCCCUGCACAGCUCCCGGGAGCUUCCCGCCGGUGCUUCCACCCGGACCCGAACCGCCAGCGAGCUGCUCCUCAACAGGCACCUGCACAUCCAGGAGCUGGAGGAGGCCCAGCAGUUCGAAGCGAGGCAGGGCCGGGCGCUGCGGCUGCUGCAGGCCGCCUACCAGUGCGUGGCCGCCCACUCGGAGCUGCUCUGCUAUUUCGUCAUCAUCCUCAACCACAUGGUCACCGCCUCGGCCACCUCCCUGGUGCUGCCCGUGCUCGUCUUCCUGUGGGCCAUGCUGUCCAUCCCGAGGCCCAGCAAGCGCUUCUGGAUGACGGCCAUCGUCUUCACCGAGGUGACCGUGGUCACCAAGUACCUGUUCCAGUUUGGCUUCUUCCCCUGGAACACCCACGCGGUGCUCCGGCGCUACGAGAACAAGCCGUACUUCCCACCACGGAUCCUGGGCCUGGAGAAGACCGACGGCUACGUCAAGUACGACCUAGUACAGCUCAUGGCCUUGUUCUUCCACCGCUCCCAGCUGCUGUGCUAUGGCCUCUGGGACCAUGAAGGGGACCAACUCUCCAAGGACCACGACCGCGGCACUGGGAAGAAGGGGGUUGAGGAGGAGCCGACGUCACCAGGACCCCAGGGAGAACCAGGGGUGGCUGGGGCCCUCGCCCAGUACCACAUGCAGGCGGAAGCAGGGGAUGGGCCCCCAGAGCCUCCCGUGGAGCCCAAGCCCCGAGACCCAAAGCCGAUCAGCCUGCGUUUCAGGAAGAGGAGAAGGGAGAGCACGGAGCCCGUGGAGCCCGUGGAGCCCGUGGAGCCCACGGCUGUGGAAGGCGUGGCGGCGGCGCCGGGGAGCGAGAGGUGGAGUCGCCCCCGGGAAAGGGCGAGAGCCCUGGGGCUCCGACUGCAGAGCUGCUGCCUGGCCCUGGCCCAGAGCGUGUACCGGCCCCUGCACUGCUUUUUCCACGACAUCCUGCACACCCAGUACCGCGCGGCCACCGACGUCUACGCCCUUAUGUUCCUGGCCGACGUCGUUGACUUCAUCAUCAUCAUCUUUGGCUUCUGGGCCUUUGGGAAACACUCGGCAGCCACAGACAUCACGUCCUCACUGUCAGACGACCAGGUGCCCGAGGCCUUCCUGGUCAUGCUGCUCAUCCAGUUCAGCACCAUGGUCAUCGACCGCGCCCUCUACCUCCGCAAGACCGUGCUGGGCAAGCUGGCCUUCCAGGUGGUCCUGGUGCUGGCCAUCCACCUCUGGAUGUUCCUCAUUCUGCCCGCGGUCACCGAGAGGAUGUUCAGCCAGAACGCAGUGGCCCAGCUGUGGUACUUCGUCAAGUGCGUCUACUUCGCCCUGUCCGCCUACCAGAUCCGCUGCGGCUACCCCACCCGCAUCCUGGGCAACUUCCUCACCAAGAAGUACAACCACCUCAACCUCUUCCUCUUCCAGGGUUUCCGGCUCGUGCCGUUCCUGGUGGAGCUGCGGGCCGUGAUGGACUGGGUGUGGACGGACACCACGCUGUCCCUCUCCAGCUGGAUGUGUGUGGAGGACAUCUACGCCAACAUUUUCAUCAUCAAGUGCAGCCGAGAGACCGAGAAGAAAUACCCGCAGCCCAAGGGGCAGAAGAAGAAGAAGGUGGUCAAGUACGGCAUGGGCGGGCUCAUCAUCCUGUUCCUCGUGGCCAUCAUCUGGUUCCCUCUGCUCUUUAUGUCCCUGGUGCGCUCCGUGGUCGGCGUCGUCAACCAGCCGAUCGACGUCACCGUCACCCUCAAGCUGGGUGGCUACGAGCCCUUGUUCACCAUGAGCGCGCAGCAGCCGUCCAUCGUGCCCUUCACGCAACAGGCCUAUGAGGAGCUGUCCAGACACUUCGACCCGAACCCUCUGGCCAUGCAGUUCAUCAGCCAGUACAGCCCCGAGGACAUCGUCACGGCGCAGAUCGAGGGCAGCUCCGGGGCGCUGUGGCGCAUCAGCCCGCCCAGCCGGGCCCAGAUGAAGCGGGAGCUGUACAACGGCACCGCCGACAUCACCCUGCGCUUCACCUGGAACUUCCAGAGGGACCUGGCCAAGGGCGGCACCGUGGAAUACACCAACGAGAAGCACACCCUGGACCUGGCUGCCAAUAGCAGCGAGCGGAGGCAGCUGGCCAGCCUGCUGGAGGGCACCUCGGACCAGUCGGUGGUCAUCCCCAAUCUCUUCCCCAAGUACAUCCGUGCUCCCAACGGGCCCGAGGCCAACCCCGUGAAGCAGCUGCAGCCCAACGAGGAGGCCGACUACCUCGGAGUGCGCAUCCAGCUGCGGAGGGAGCGCGUGGGCUCGGGGGCCGCCGGCUUCCUGGAGUGGUGGGUCAUCGAGCUGCAGGACUGCCAGGCCGAAUGCAACCUGCUCCCCAUGGUCAUCUUCAGCGACAAGGUCAGCCCGCCCAGCCUCGGCUUCCUGGCCGGCUACGGGAUCAUGGGGCUCUACGUGUCCAUCGUGCUGGUCAUCGGCAAGUUCGUGCGUGGCUUCUUCAGCGAGAUCUCCCACUCCAUCAUGUUUGAGGAGCUGCCCUGCGUGGACCGCAUCCUCAAGCUCUGCCAGGACAUCUUCCUGGUGCGGGAGACGCGCGAGCUGGAGCUGGAGGAGGAGCUCUACGCCAAGCUCAUCUUCCUGUACCGCUCGCCCGAGACCAUGAUCAAGUGGACCCGCGAGAAGGAGUAGGAGCCGGGGCCCCGCACCCAGGCAGGAAGGAGCCGCCCGGCACACCGCCGGGCCCCGAUGCUGCUGCCGGAACGAAGGAAGGAAGGAAGCUGUGGCCCCUCCCCCGCCCGGCUCAGGGCACCUCCUCGUCCCCGAGGGCCCCACGCGGCCGGCACGCUGGGCUGGGGCGUCCAGCCUUCCCCUCCCCACGAGUACUGUAGGGUUUUCUAAUUAAAAGUAUUUUUAUUUAUGCGA